AACAUCACGCAUAUCGGGGGCUGGCGUAUCUAUGCAGUCGCGAGGAUAUCUAUCCAUUCUCGACACUAUUCACCCGGUACAUGUGGAAAUCGUAGAAAGCGCACAGUGCAAUUUGAGAAUAACAUCACAUCAAUACGAGCACGCAUGAGUUGGGUUUAUACCGGGAAAUGUACAUGAACAUCGCAGGUCUUUUACUAAAACUGAGUUGUUUGAAGCGCGUCUCGUGAAACAAUCUAAUACCAACCAAACUCAAAUCUGAACGAGAGUGGAAUUUGUGUUCUCCUUAAACCUGCAACCGUUGUGAUUUGCCUGGAUUUAAAAGCACAAGUUGCGGACAAAUUGGAUAAGACACCCCAGGGAAGGGCACUGAAUACUUGCAAGAAAUUGCAGGUCGUGGAAUGAAACCUCUUUUAUAAGAAUUGAAGGUUUGGACUGGUGUACAUGGGGGAACAGCAAGUGGAAUUCUGGGAUGUUUGCAAUGUCAGCGAAGGAACAGUAGAAUUUGUAUUUCUACAGAUUGGUGUCAUAGAGGUGUUUUUAACCAAACCAAGCUGCUGGGAGGUCAAGGGGUGACAUGCCUCUGUAACACAUUGUUGGAAACAAAUGAUUGGUUGCCAUGCCUCCGGGGAUGGUGCGACGUGGUUUGUCAGUCCUGGUGGCGGUCCCAGCCCCAGUACUGUUGCUGCUGCUAGCUGCCGGCUGGCCCUCCUAUGGCCUGGCCUGGGCCUCCUCCCCCUACCCCACCUUUACCUGCAACGACACCCUCUUUGAGCACAUGACCCUGCACCCGGACCCUGCGGUGGGACGUGUCUACGUGGGGGCGCAGGACCGCCUCUUCCAGCUGGACCGCCACCUGACUGCCGAACUCCAGUUUGACACCGGACCCGUGACGGACAGCCGUGAGUGCCUUCCACCCGUCACCGAGGGCAACUGCCCACAGGCGCGGCCCACCAGCAACCACAAUAAGCUCCUGCUGGUGGACCCCUACUCUAUGGAACUGAUCACAUGUGGCAGCGUCAACCAGGGCAUCUGCCAGAAGCGGAGUUUAGACUCUGUGGGUACGGUGCUGUUCUCAGCCGAGCGGCCUGUGGACACGCAAUACGUGGCAGCCAACCACCCCAACGUGAGCACGGUGGGCCUGGUGGUGCGCUCCCGCCCUGACCGCCAGCCCGUGCUCUUUGUGGGCCGCGGCUACACCAGCAGCCACCCACCUAUCUCCACGCGCAACCUAGUCCAGGAGCCUGUGUUUUCCUACGAAGAAACUGCAAAGCUAUCGGUGGCGGGCCGCCUCUCGGAGUACGACCACCACUUCGUGGCCUCCUUUGCCCAGCGCCAGCAUGUCUACUUCCUCUUCUACCGGCGUGACCUCAAGUCCCAGUCGCGCGAGUACCGCACCUACGUGUCGCGCGUCUGCCUGGAUGACCAGGCCUACUACUCGUAUGUGGAAGUUCCUCUGGCCUGUCGCUCGGCAGCAGGUAAGAGCUACAACCUGCUCCAAGCUGUCCGCCUUGGUCUACCACCCAGGGGGAGUGGGGGCGAAGCUGGGAAAGCCGAGGUGCUCCUGGGGGUGUUCUCCACACAUCAGACCUCGUCCACACGGCCCAGUGAGGACUCUGCUCUCUGCAUGUUUAACCUGGACGAUCUGGACCAGAGGAUCAACUCCACCAGGGACCUGUGCUACACGCAGUUCGGCCGUGCUGAGGGAGGGGGGGAGGCGGCCUACAUCGAGUACGAAGUCAAAUCCAACUGCGCCAACCUGCCGUCGAACACCCUGGAUGCCUACCCAUGUGGUUCAGACCACACCCCCAGUCCAAUGGCCAGCCGGGUGGCUGUGGAAGCCGAGCCCAUAUUGGACAGCCCAUCCACCCGUCUCACCGCCGUGGCUGUCAGCGUGAGGGCGGGACAUACAAUCGCCUUCCUGGGGGAUUCCAAGGGUAACCUGCGCAAGGUGUUUCUGGGCCCUAACGGUGAGGUGGAGGAGUACGCCGUCGUCUCCAUCCAGGCCAACACGGCCAUCAGCUCAGACCUGCUCCUGGAUCAGUCUGAGGAGCACCUUUUCAUCAUGACGUCCACCAUGCUCCAGAAGAGGCCAGUGGCUGAGUGCCACGAACAUCUGGACUGCCAAGCCUGUCUGUCUGCCCACGACCCCUACUGUGGAUGGUGUGUCCUGGAGGGGAGGUGUGGCCAGCAGGCUCAGUGUUCACGCGGGGCCCAGGCAGGCCAGUGGCUGUGGAGCUUCGACAUGGAGCAGAAGUGUCUCACCAUCCAGUCCCUCAGCCCCUCCAACAUCAGCCGGCAGGAGAAGAGAAGCAUCUCUCUAUCAGUCCUGGGCUUGGCCGUCCUAGAAGAGGACAAGUCGUACUCCUGUUUCUUUCACGACUCUGAGAGUCCUGCCACAGUCACCGACAUGGGGGUCACCUGCCUCUCCCCUGACCCCCACAGGGUGCUGACUGGGCCCCCGGGACAAGAUUUUGUCACGGUCACCCUGUCCCUGCGCUUUGGUAACGUCGUCGUCACGGCGACAGAGUUCACCUUCUACGACUGUACUGCCGCCAAGCAGCUGUCUGGGAGCGUGCCGUGUCUCUAUAACUCUCUCUUCCUGUCCCUUCCAGUGACUCUGUACAACUGUUCUGUGGGGCGUUCUGACUGUAGCCAGUGUCACACGGCGGACCAGAAGUAUGGCUGUGUGUGGUGUGGAGGGGACCAGUCCACCUGUCUGUACGGAGACUCCUGCAGCGAGCCCCUCGAACAGACCUGCCCUGCCCCCGUCAUCCAUGCCAUUGAGCCCCUUUCUGGACUGGUGGAGGGGGGAACCGUGCUGACCAUCUCAGGGUCCAACCUGGGCCAGAAGGCUGAGGAUAUCCUGCACUCUGUCACUGUGGCUGGGGUUUCCUGCUCUGUCAUCCCCCACCUCUACGAGGUCUCAUCCAGGAUUGUGUGUAAGACCAAAGCCAGUGGGGGAGAGAAGACGGGCCAAGUGUCAGUAGAAGUGAGCGGGGGAGAGUUUGGCCUCUCCAGCCAGAGGUUCAGCUACCAGGAUCCGUUUGUGAUGGAGGUGUCCCCCCAGAGGGGUCCCAAGGCGGGGGGCACGUCCCUGACCAUCACUGGGAGGAACCUGCUCACGGGACGCCCCUCUGACAUCACUGUCACCGUGGGAGGAGUGCAAUGUGUCAUUUUAUCAGAGGCCCAGGAUGACAGUGUGGUGUGUGUGACGGGCAGCAGCAACAGGACGGGUGAUCACCGCGUGACGCUUCACUAUGGCAACAGCCAGCGCCACCUUCACGAGUCGGCCUACAGCUUCACCCCCAACCCCAACAUCACCCAGGCUGCGCCCGCCAAGAGCUUCCUCAGCGGUGGCCGUCUGAUCUUCGUGUCGGGUCACAACCUGGAUGUGGUACAGCAACCUAACAUGUUGGUCACUGUGUUCCCCUGGGAGUCCAUCCCCCAGAGGAGAAGGAGGAGGAGUGGAGGAGAAAGGGAGCAUGAGACAGAGGACAAGGUGCUGUGGAGGCAUCGCAGGAUCGUACCGGAGCCCAACUGCCCUGGGGACCCAGUCUGCUCCAUCAUACAGUACAUGGAGCGUUGCGAGGUCAACUCGUCCACUCUGAUCCUGUGCCGGAGCCCGGCAUUGGAGCCCUCUGUGUGGGGCUCGCAGGUGGACGUGGCCUUCCUCCUGGACAACCUGCGCUUCCCGUUUGGUGCCAUCAGCCCCCAGGGGGCCUUUAGCUAUGAGCCUAACCCUGUGCUGCACCCGCUCAACCAGCAGGAGCCCCUCAAGCCCUACCGCUACAACCCAGGAAGCUUUAUUCAGCUGGAGGGUGAGAACUUGGACCUGGCCAUCUCUAAAGAGGAGGUGGUGGUGCUGGUGGGGGAGGGGGUGUGUGCUGUGAAGACCCUGACCAGGAACCACCUGUACUGCGAGCCCCCACCCCAGCAGCCCUUCCCGGGACCCCCCAAUGGCGGAAGGAAACGCGAGGGUGCCGACACGCUGCCCGAGUUCACCGUCCACAUGGGCAACCUGAACUUCUCCCUGGGCAUGGUGCAGUACGACAUCCUCAGCCUGUCCACCUUCCCCCUGGAGGCCCAGGUAGGGGUGGGCGUGGGGGCCUCCAUCCUAGCCCUCAUCGUCCUCAUCAUAGUGCUCAUCUACAGGAGGAAGAGUAAACAGGCUCUGAGGGACUACAAGAAGGUUCAGAUCCAACUGGAGAACCUGGAGACCAGUGUGAGAGACCGCUGCAAGAAGGAGUUCACAGACCUGAUGACGGAGAUGAUGGACAUGUCCAGUGACCUGGUGGGCUCGGGCAUCCCCUUCCUGGACUACCGGCGCUAUGCCGAGCGGAUCUUCUUCCCGGGCCACCGCGAGUCGCCCCUGCGGAGGGAUCUGGACGUACAGGAGAGUCGGCGGGCCACAGUGGAGCAGGGCCUGGUGCAGCUCUCUAACCUGCUCAACAGCAAACUCUUCCUCACCAAGUUCAUCCAUACUCUAGAGAGCCAGCGGACGUUCUCACCAAGGGACCGGGCCUACGUGGCCUCUCUCCUGACUGUGGCGCUGCAUGGUAAACUGGAGUACUUCACAGACAUCCUCAAGACCCUGCUCAAUGAUCUGGUGGAGCAGUACGUGGUCAAGAACCCUAAACUCAUGCUGCGGAGAACGGAGACAGUGGUGGAGAAGCUGCUGACCAACUGGAUGUCCAUCAGCCUCUAUGCUUUCCUCAGGGACUCUGCAGGUGAGUCUCUCUACAUGUUGUUCAGGGCUAUCAAGCACCAGGUGGACAAGGGGCCGGUGGACGCGGUGACUGGCAAGGCCAAAUACACGCUCAAUGACAACCGUCUCCUCAGAGAGGAUGUUGAGUACAAGACCCUGACCCUGAACGUGUUGAUGCAGGGCGGGGGGGUGAAUGAGACCCAGCCGCUUCCCUCCAAGGUGCUGGACAUAGACACCAUCACCCAGGUGAAGGAGAAACUCCUGGACCAGGUCUACAAGGGCACCUCCUUCUCCCACCGGCCACACACAGACUCUCUGGACCUGGAGUGGAGGUCUGGUGUAGCAGGUCAUCUGAUCCUGUCUGAUGAAGACCUGACGUCUAUUGUCCAGGGCAAUUGGAAACGCCUCAACACACUCCAACACUACAAGGUUGCAGAUGGCGCGACAGUGGCUUUGGUCCCGCGCCACAGCAAACACAUCCAUCACGACAACCACGACUACGUGGCAGGUGAAAAGACGCCCAUGCUGGAGGAUGCAGACGAGGGCGGGGUGAGGCUGUGGCACCUGGUCAAGGCCGGCGAAGAGCCUGAGCUACCCAAGCACCGCCGCGGCAGUGUGAGGGAGAGGGCCAAGGCAAUACCAGAGAUCUACCUCACACGUCUGCUCUCCAUGAAGGGCACUCUGCAGAAGUUUGUGGACGACCUGUUCACGGUGAUCCUGUCCACCAGUCGUCCCGUUCCGCUGGCUGUCAAGUACUUCUUUGACCUGCUGGACGACCAGGCGCAGCACCACGCCAUCACCGACCCUGAGACCAUCCACAUCUGGAAGACCAACAGUUUGCCCCUGAGGUUCUGGAUCAACAUUGUAAAGAACCCCCAGUUUAUCUUUGACGUCCAGCCCUCGGACCACGUGGACGCCGUGCUAACGGUCAUCUCCCAGACCUUCAUGGACUCCUGCACCACCUCAGAGCAUAAACUGGGCAGGGAUUCACCAAUAAACAAACUGCUUUAUGCCAGAGAUAUCCCCCGGUACAAGCAGAUGGUUGAAAGGUACUACGCUGACAUCAGACAGACCAUCUCUGCCAGUGACCAGGAGAUGAACUCAGCACUAGCAGAACUAUCCAGGAAUUACUCAGGCGAGUUGAAUUACCUUGUUGCCCUGCACGAGUUGUACAAGUACAUCAACAAGUACUAUGACCAGAUCAUCGGGGCCCUAGAAGAGGACAGCACGGCCCAAAAGAUGCAGCUGGGCUACCGGCUCCAGCAGAUCGCUGCAGCCGUAGAGAACAAAGUCACUGACUUGUGACAGUGAAACCACUGACCAAGACCACACCGGCAGAGGGGACCACAUUAAGAGACCCACAGGAGUGGGGGAGGGAAACUCAGAGGGGGUGGGUUAGGAGGAUGGACAGACCGGACCAAUAGACAGAUUAACACAAAAUCCCCCUCCUGUCAGAAGAGGGGAAGAAUGGUUCUAGGGGUAAGGACCCCAAACACCCCACCCCUUUUCCACAUUAAGGAGCAAUGAGUGACUGUUGUUCACACACAACAGUCACCCAGGGGGUUGAAAAGGGGAUGUGGUGUAUUGGGCUGCUGAACACGUGAAACUCUCUAGAGGUGGUGGUAUACUCUCCACUGUGGACAAGACAGGAGGGAAAGAUAAAGGGAGACACACACACAUAAACAGACGAGGAGCCUUUGUUUGUAUAUCCCACCCGUUCACCCUUCAGCCCUGAGUUGGACCACAUUGUGGCAUCUGCCUCUCUUGUAGAACUCUCUGUGGAACUAGAAGAAGGGGCUUGGGAGAUCCGGACGUUACAUGAUGUGUCAAUGGAAACGUGCUGAAGUCAACAAUCUGAAGUCUCAUAUGAAUGAAUGAAAGGAAGUCUUAUGUCUAUCAAAAUGCUGGUUGUAGCUAGAUGGAGAGCAAGUGUGAGUGAGAGUUGGAAGGGACCAUGCUGGUUUCCCCCCUCAUUCAAGACUCAACAUCCCUUUCCACAUGAAAUGUGGAGUGAAAGGUUUUAUUAGCAUUUAAUAAACAUUCUCUAGAUAUUACAUUGUCACCAAUGCAGUUGCAUACAGUACCUUUCCUAGGGGCUUGAGUCUUAUAAGUUAUCGGCACUCUCUACCUCCUUUUACUCACCUGAAAACUCAAGUUAUCCUCUUAUUUCUUUAACCCUGAAGCUUUUUCUUGUGUUUCGCGGUUUGUCUGCUAGGUUAAACCAGAUUGCUCUCUCCCUCCGACUCUCUUUAUGUCAAAACAGUAGCUUUGUUACAUAUCCGUCCAAAUCAUAAGUACACGUAGUAUCUUUUGGAGUAGUGGACAAAUGCCACAUACGUGCGCACACACACACACACACACACACACACACACACACACAGAGUUCACUCAAUCAUGACACUCUUGAGACGACUCCUCUUUUUUAAUGUUUUUUUAAAUGUGUAAUUAUUGCCAUUCCGCUUUUUCAGGUAGCUCCCGAGUCUAUACAAAUCUGUGUUCCUCUUUAUGGUAUUGAAUGGGAGGAAGAUGUUAAUGUCGGAGUUGAAAUGAACAGCUCUUGGAAAGAGGCUACAGCUCGCGCUCUGCAGGACUAAAGAAAGAAUGAUACUGAAAGCAAAGAAGCAGUCUUUUCAAAAGGUACUGGAAAUAGGUGACCGUGUGAAUGUUUUGAUGUUUUUAAAGGGUAACAGUCACUGGAGGGACACUAGAUCAUAGAUUAAACAAACAAAUCUCAACUGUAGAAUUGUAUAUAUUUAAAACAUGUGUCCCACAGUAUUUUAUGGUGUACGUUCAUACAGCUUUCCUUGUUGUACAUUUUUAACAUAUCUUUUGAUUUUCAACCAAGAAAAGUCUAUUGAAUCAUGUUCUCAGUUUGUGCUGUUGUGAGGUAGCUUAUUUAUCUGACAAUUGGCAACUGCGCCGUUGAUAUGUGUAUUGCAGUUAUUCUAUUGAACACAAGAUGGCGACAGCUCCUACGUUUGUUGAACUUGUUCUCUAACACUGCUGUUUUAACUGUCUAUAAGGUUUCACAGAAGAUACUUUGACCUAGUCACAUUUUGCAACGUUUGAUUAAGUAUUAGAAUUAUAACUACAUUGCCAUUUCUGAACUUUACCGAAACUCGUUUUCUUAUGAUUUACCCAUGGGUUGUGUUAUUCAUAAUUUGCUCAUCUCUGCAUUCUCUAUUAGACUAUAGCGUCAUUCUUGUAUCCCAAAUGGCACCCUAGUCCCUAUAUAUAGUGCACUACUUUUGACUAGAGCCUUAUGUAGGAAAUAGGGUGCCAUUUGGGACAGAAACCUAGACUAAUCAUUCUAUCCCACAGAGCUUGAUGGUUUGAAGUUGUGAUUAAAUAUUUUGGUAAAGCUAUGUACCAAGAACGUUAUCACACGAAUUGGAGGUGUUGCAUGUAUGUUAACGACACAUAACUGAUGUUAGACUUAUGGAUGAAGACAUUUAACACUACCCAUGUGGUAGGCUAUAUCUUUAUAUGCGGGUGCACUGUUGGCUUUCUAGUGAGUAGACACCAAUAAGAGGCUGACAAUGAGUCAGCAGAUUGGUCAUUAAACUGUAAAACCCAAUCAAAUGAUCAGUUUUGUCCUAUUUUGAUAAUAAUUUUGAAGAGAUGAAAGUGUAUGUAGUUUAUGCGUUGCAUGCUAUUGUGUGGGUUCUCCAGUUUGAUGCAUUUUCCUGUUCACCGCCAUUGCCCCUAGAUUGCACAGCAUAAACGAGUCAUAGUAGCUUAUUGGUUAACAUCACACUAUUUUUCAAUGGACAAUUUGAAUUGUCAUAUGCUUUCAAUGUAGUCUAGUAUUAUGUAUGAAGCCUAAUAAUGGUGAAGAGAGCAGGUGGUGGUCAUUUGAAGGAAAACUAUUGUUAGGCUGUAUAAAUGUAGCUAUGUAGAGCAGGCUCUGCAAGGAGCACUUUAAGGUUGAUUUUUAUUUUGUCUGUUAAUAUAGUUGUACAUAAUGAUUGAAUAAUGUAACUUGUAGCGACUUAACCUGCUGUUUAAUAAGAGUGUAAAUUCAUAAAUAUGGUGAGGUAAUAAAGUAUUUGUAAAAUCA